AUGACGUUGGGCGACAUAACAUUUCAGACCGCAUCAGUCCCAACAGUAGACACCAGUUUCUACAAGAUGUCUCCCUCACAAGCUGCAUUCUUCAAGACACAAACCGGUAUUGAUGAUGAUGAAGACUUGAAGAGGCAUAUCCUGGAAGUUCAGGCGAAAGCAUACAAGGCUGCACCAUAUCCUUGUAUUCAUAGAUUUGGCUUCCUUCGCUUAAACUUGUCAAAUUUUUCUGUGUAUGAACACAUCCUCAAGCUUGGUCGCGAGCGCCCCGAUGCUGUAUUACUCGACAUUGGUUGUUGCUUCGGCGUUGACGCUAGAAAGGCUGCGGCAGAUGGGUUCCCUGCCAAAAAUAUCAUUGCGUCGGAUGUCGUCGAAGAGUUUCUUCAACUGAGUCACGAACUUUUCAAAACGACACCAGCUUCCUACCCCGGAUCUCUACUUCCUGGAGAUAUCUUCGAUUCAGAAUUCCUUUCCAUAGUUACGCCAUCGGUCGACGUCUUUCCAGCGCCAGCUAUCGAUCUGUCCUCGUUGAAAUCCCUCAGCCCCCUUCAUGGUCGCGUUAGCGCAAUAAACGCUAUUGCAUUCUUCCACCUCUUCAACGAAGAGAACCAAUUGUACAUUGCCAGGGCUCUUGCGGGUCUUCUGUCUGCUCAGCCAGGCUCCGUAAUUUGCGGCUUCGACAACGGAGCUGUUGAAAAGGGCAACAUAACUAACAAUUUAUCAGGUGUCGAGUAUCGGGGGUUUGCUCAUUCUCCCGAGUCUUGGUCAUCUUUGUGGGAUGGUGAGGUUUUCGAGAAGGGGACUGUCAAGGUGGAAACGGAGUUGACAGAAUUUCCAGUUGAUGAUAAGGGACACUUGGUGAUGAUGAGGUGGUCAGUGACGAGACUGUAG